AGCUGUUAUAUUUAAUGGCUGAAGUUUGGAAGAGUACUGGCUUUGUUCCCUAGUCAGGCUGGACAAUGGAGUAAGAGCGAGUGAACACAGAAAAACGUGUAGGUCGAGGCUUCUUUCUGUUAUAGCUUCAAGCUCAUUUACUUUGUGACCUGCAAGCCACGGACAAAUGGGACACACACAGGUGAAUAAAGAGGACGAUAACAAGAAGAAGACGGAUGAGGAGCUGGUGCACCUUCGGAGGGAGAUUGGGCUGCUGCCUGCUGUAUCUUUCAUCAUGGGAACAGUGGUGGGCAGUGGGAUCUUCAUUGCACCAAAGGGAGUCCUAAUGAACAGUGGCAGCGUGGGGCUGUCACUUCUAGUGUGGGGACUGUGUGGGGUCCUCUCCUUGUUUGAGGCACUGUGCUAUGCUGAACUAGGCACCACUUUUACAAAAUCAGGGGGUCACUUCACAUAUCUAUUGGAGACAUUAGGACCCCUUCCUGCUUUCCUCUGACUCUGGGUUGAGUUCUUAUUUAUCAGACCAGCUGCGACUUCCCUCGUGUCCUUGGCCUUUGGUCGUUAUGUGGUGGAGCCGUUCUUUGUACCAUGUGCUGCUCUGACAAUGCUAAUCAAACUUGUGAGCAUCCUUGGAGUGAGUGAGUGCUUUUCAGUUCUCAGUAUUGUGCAAAAUAAUGGUGGCAUCUUUGUGUCACCAAGGAUGCUUCUCGUUGGAGCCAGAGAGGGCUACUGGCCACAGAUCUUUUCCACAAUCCAUAUCUGCAGACACACACCUUUACCUGCUUUGCUGUUAAUGUACCCACUGAUGGUGAUCAUGUUAAUCAAUGGAGAUAUUUCUCAGCUCAUCAGCCUUACCUCCUUUUCUCAUUGGUUCUUCAUUGCCUUGGCAACCUUGGGGAUGCUCAUCCAUCGAUAUCGUUUCCCCCUCCACCCUAGACCUUUUAAGGUGCCGUUGGUCGUCGCAGUCAUCUUCACAGCGGUGUCUUUCUUCAUUGUGGGUCUCUCUCUUUACUCGGACCCUUGGAACACAGGAUGCAGUUGUAUCCUUACAUUGUCUGGGGUUCCAGUUUACUACAUGACCGUCUACCACUUUUGCUUGCCCCCCACAUGGAGGCAAAUCUUCAAUUAUUGCAGCAAGCAGCUGCAGAUCCUUCUUGAAGUGGCUCAACAGGAAGUCAAGACAUGCAGAUAUCCUGCUUUCUACUUAUAUACUUCCUGGAUAGCAUCUUGACAGGUUCUAAAAUUUUUGGAAUAGCAAAGGGAGAAAUUAAACAAAAAGCAAAUCCUCAAGGUGACUGCUGAUGGGAUCUUGAAGCUGCCAAGAUCUGUAGGAGCCAUAAAACAUUGUUCUAUCCGAAGGCUGUGUUUUAUUCCUGUCAUGGUUCCUUUAGAUCUUUUUUUUUUU